AUGAUGCAGUUUUUCUCUUGGCCUCGGUCACACCUUCUCGAGAUUGGCGACCGGAAUUGGUGCCCAUCGUGGCUUCACCGGCACGAGCAACUGGUUCUCACCCAGCUGUGGAAUCUUCGAGUUCCCGGGUGGAGCCAUGGAAAUCUUGCAAAACAGGCAUGUGCAGUGCUCAAAGAGCACCUGAAAGAUCUCUCCUCAUAUACAGUUCUGGACAUAUGCGCCGGUGCCGGUGGACCUACCCCAGUCCUCGAAUCAGAACUCAAUGAAGAACUCGAAUCCGAGGGCAAGAGCCCUGUUCGGUUUGUUCUGAGCGAUCUUUAUCCCCAUAUUCGAGAGUGGGAGCGAAUAUCGAAGAAGCAGCAGAACGUCACGUAUAUAGACAGCCCGGUAGAUGCUCGAGCUGUCCCUCGAUUUGCAGCAAGUUCGAAAAAGGAGUGUCGCAUCUUCAAUAUUUGUUUCCACCACUUCGGGGAUGAAGAUGCAGCGGGGAUUCUCAAGAGUGCAAUUGAGACCGCUGACUCCAUAUUCGAAAUCACAUCACGCGAUCUUUGGACUUGUCUGUGCUCGCCUUUGGUCUUCUUUUGGGCUUUCGUUGUAACUCUUGUUUGGUACUGGGAUUCGCCAAUCCAUCUCUUUUUCACGUUCAUUCUACCCGUGGCGCCUCUGACAGCCUUCAUUGAUGGACUUAUAUCCUGUCUCCGAACCCGCACCACAAAGGAAACCUGGCAACUGCUGGAUCAGCCAGAUCUUGACCUCACCAACUGGACCUUUCACAGUGGACAAAAGACUGUUCAAUUUCCUUUCAUCACUUUGUAUUACCACAUUGGCAUCAAAUCAUAA